AUGACGGAUGCCGUACCUCCACAGGUCGACGAGGGACUCUGGGUGGUUAUGGUUGCUCCUGAGUAUUCGUGUGCAGUGUUGGGGAGCGUGAGCACCUGCCAGGCCGCUCACAGUGAUAGAGCCCUCAAGAAGACUCAGAAGCUGUGUUGCCGAGGACCACGUCUGGCUCCAGCAGCUCAGAUGAGGAGGCGUCACGGUUCAGGGAGGCGUGUGACCCCACCCUGUGGAGGACGGCCGCGCAGGGAGCCGCCAAGAAUGAAAUCUGCAGAGCGGAGGCAUCUGAUGAGAAGCCCCAGCCAAGGCGACCAGAGGCAGGCCUUCAUGCUGCUGGAGAAGAUGCGCACAACCCUUGCCGGGGCGCAGGGCAAGGCAGGGUGUGUGGGGCUGAGGCACAAGGAUGGCCAUGGUCCCAGCAUACAGGGCAGGCCAUCGUCAGGCAGGGCAGAGGCCAGCACAGCGAGGGUGGCCACGGCUGCCCCAUCCACACACUCCCUUCCUGGCCAAGCAGCUCACCUCAAGACUGGACGGUGACCAAGUGGUGUGUUGGUGCCUACCUCUGGCUGGCCGGCUGUUAUGAUAGAAUUAUGAAGAGCAAGCAGACAGCGCUGAAAGAACGGGGACUUCUUCUUCUUCCACAAACAACUGCCGAUGAGAGAGUGAAGCGAUGAAUAACAGGGCACUGAAUAACAGGUAGCCACGCCCUGUAGAUUUUGUGUGACAUUUAUAAGAAGAACAUAAGAGCAUAAGAACAUAGGGAGACUGCAAGAGGCUGAAUGGCCUACACAGGGCAGCUCCAGAUUCCCCCCACUGCCACCUGUCAUCCUCGUCCAUGUAGCUAUCAAGUCUACUCAUAAAACAAGCUGUCAUCCCUGCACUCACUAGUAUGUGAUUGCUGAGUCUAUUCCAUUCCUCCAUCACCCUAUUACUAAACCAAGGCCUGCCUAUUUCCCUCCUAAUUCUAUACUUUUCUAAUUUAAAUCCAUUACUGUGUGUUCUAUCCUGGUGGCAGUGUGGGUUGCCUGCUGCCAGCACGUCAUCUGGGAGACACACUCGGGUGACAGUGUAAGCAGCAAGCCUUCCAUUUAGUGAGCCUGUGUUACAAAAUCAGCUUAACCUUCAGACGGCUACAGGAACAAAGAAGAUGCCAUAAAAAUUGCAUUGGUGUGAAGAUCACAUUAGACUUUCUGUUCAGUAUUCAGCCAGUCAGUUUUGUGAGGCAGAAAUAAAACAACACUUCCAGAUUGCGAUUGAAUCUAUAUAUAAACAAUAGUUAAAACACCCCUUAUGUGGUGUAACUAUACUUGUGCUGCGGUCCUAAGGUCGGCAGUGACUAUAUAUAGACCAUUCAUUUUGGGGAGCUUUUCUUCUAAUACUGCCGCCAUCUGAGUUAAUCUGCAUGAUAAACCCACGGAUCAUUUUUUAUAGUACAAACAUUCCUAUCAUUUCUAAAAACAACUUCCAGUGCAGUAAACAAUACCUUUUGCCUCUACAGUCAUGCCUUGGUUUAUGAGUCUAAUUCGUUCUGGAAUUUUGCUCGCAAAUCAAAACACUUGUAAGCCAAAACAAAUUUCCCAUUGAAACUAAUGUGAAUCCCAUUAAGGUGUCCCAUAUCCCAAAAAAUAUUAACAUGAAAAUCAUUUUACAUGUUAUUUUACACAGAAUGAAGAUAAUUCUACAAACAACUAGGAAUGAUAAUCAAUAUUUUUUUUAUAAUAUAGUAUAAUAAUAUAGCAUAAUAUAUAAAUAAUACAGUGCUGAAAACACAAAGAUCGCACACUGGAGCACAAACGUACGCGGACAGGAGCGCGGUGCUACCCUUGAGAGUGUGCAAAGUGGACUAAGGCGGUGUCACACUGGGCGUUUUCCUCCAGCCCUUGGAGCAAGAAGCAACCGUGGUUGCCUGUACGGUCAACCGGGAGUGAGUUGUUGGUUUGGGUAAAUACUCCUGUCCUCCCGUCUCUGAAGCCAUGAUCGUACCCACAACGGCUUCUUCCUUCCAAUAAACUAUAGCGACAAGCUUAUAGUUUGAGUGGCAGCAGCACAAGCCACAACAGCUCUUACUUUUGCAAACGAUGCCGUGAAGAGUGGACCGAGAGGAGGAGGACCUAAGAAGCGAUACAAAAUGUUACAGGUCCAAAGAAGAAGAUGUGAAUACAGGGCGACUGGUUUGUUUACGUUGUGGAUAUGGGCAGCCGAUCUUGGUCGUGUGUGACGCACGUCAUCUGGUAAUCAAGAACUACCCCCCUUCCUUGAGACUGUUUUCCAUCCCCCCUGUGAUCCACCAGAGCGCUCCUUCUUGUCCAUAUAACUAGAUGAACCAACACAUUUUCUCAUUUUGUCACUCAUCAAGGACAACACGCAUUGGUUUAGUCACAGUUAUGAGAUCUCCAGUUCAUUAGGAACCUUUCUCUAGCUACUUUGCGUCACUGCACGAGACGGACUUUUUCAAGACGUCCUUUUCUCAACAAAAUACCGACCGAUGGCAUCGCUUCACUUUCUUGUUUCUAAUGAUGACAAUGAUGUUUUCAUACCUACAGUGGUGCUUUCAAAUGGUCUGUGGUGCAGCAGUAACACAACAGUAACAUCGUGAAUCUGUAUGCACCCCCACCUGGCAGGGUUACCCGUAAGAAUCUCAGGAAAUGGUCAUCGCCUUUGGCCUAAGGAGGUGCGGCGCGGUGUGUUUACCUGUGUCGCCAGCCCCGCCGCAGCUUGUGCCACACCCCCGAUUCUUGCCAAGAAUUGGGGGGACUUCUUGAAAAUCUGACACACGAGAACAAGAAACGCAAGGAUUUCUCAAGAUUUGGGUAAGUCUUGCUCGUGUUGGGGUAUUUCUUGAACGCCAGAUAACGGCUUAAAGCUGUAGCUGCCUGUUGCGCCUACCACCAACACUGCUGGAGGAAAAAGGCCAAGUGUGAUACCAGCUUGAGACCCUAUUCCCAUUGUUUUCCGCUCUGAGCGCUAUUGUCUUGCUGCGAACAACAGGAACCCACGCUCACGUCUCGACUUGUACGAACAGGAUGCUCGUACGCCAAGUCACCGCUCGUAAACCAAGACAUUUAUUGUGAUUUUCUUUUGCUCAUAAAUCAAAACGCUCAUAAAGUAAGGCACUCGUAAACCAAGGUGUGACUGUAUUUGGUAGUUCCUCGCUCCUCUUGUCAUCAUUAUCUUAGAGAUGAAUCAUAUUUGCCGGCACUGAAGAUGUCCUUUCUUUCUUAAAAUAAGACUUGAAAAAUUAGCAUGCUGUGCACCAUUACAA